AUGUUUCUCCAUUUUUUUCUUUUCGGCUUUUGUCUUUUUUUUUUUUUUAUAACUCCUGCUUAUUCCUUCAUUGUUUUUAUUUUCAUCAACGUCAUUUUUUACUCCCUUUUUCUUUCAUUUCUUCCUUCUGAUCUCUUCCACCUUCUUAUCGAUAUCUCUUUUCUCAUUCUUUUGUUCUGUUUCUUUUUCUUCCUUCUAAUUCUUCUUCAUUUUCUUUUUACGUUCUCAUAUUUCCGACUGUUUCUCCUUUAUAUUGCUUUUUUUUUCUAUUGUAAUCUUCUUUUGCUUCAUAUUUCAUAUUUCUUUCAAUCUGUUUUCCUCCUACUACUCCUUCCCUUAUUUUACUUGUCGCUUCUCUUAAAUUCUUUCGCAAUUACUUUUUAUCCCCGUCUUUUUUUCUUAUCUUUGGCAUUAAUCUACGUCUUUGCCUUUUUUCCACCGUCACCAUCGCUAUCACCUCGAAAAGCGCGCAAAUUACUCGCAUUUCCGUGUCUAAUCCGACUUGGAGUGUAUAACAAGCGUUCGUAUACGUUCGCCGUCAUUUCGCCUUUUGACUCCAAUCGACAACGCUUUCUUCCUCUACUUUCUCGACUCCUCAUUCAUCACCAUUGCUCCCCCACCCGCCCCGACAACCUCUACGUUUAA